AUGGAGAAAUGGGCUGAGUUGGUGUUUGGAGCUGGAACUUACCUUUGGGAACAGCAGCAGCCUGCUCUUGCAAAAGUAUUCUUCCAGUACUGCCUUCAUGGAGGUUCGGACAAACCUGACCAGAUAUCUGCACAGGCGCACACACUGAUAGGCCAUGUCUAUCUUGACAUGGCGCAGCCACAUGCCGCACUCGAUGCUUACAAAAAGGUCCUCACUUUGCGGGAGUUUAUCAAUGGCGUCGACUCAACGGCUGUGGCAGAUGUGUGCGACUCAGUUGCCUGCUCUUACACCGAAUUUGGCGAUACUGACAACGCGUUCAAGUAUCUGCAACGAGCCACUGAUAUCCAUAAUUCCCAUGAUCCUAAUCGGAUGGCUCGCACUCUAGCUAUUGAGGCGAUGACAUACCUUCGUGCUAGGAAGCCAGACGAAUCACUUGCCGCCCUCUUCAAAUGCUGGCAACUUCAAGGCAAGACGCAACAAGAGAUCGAGAAUUCACCCUACCCCAAGCAUAGUGGCGAUAUAAUGCUUUUGUCACGAAUUUAUUGGCAGCAAGGGGAGAAGAAACGAGCUCAGGAAUUGGCUUCCCAUGCCCUCAAGAUGCGUCGAGACAGUUUCGGAGAGAGCGGGGGACCGCGGGUAGCAGACUCGCUCUUUGCGCUGGCCCAAAUUCUGGAGGACUUUGAGGAAUACGCACACGCCGCACAGCUAUUGAGUCAAAUUGUUGCCAUAAGCGGUGAUACCCCCGACAUGAGGCCGCAUCUUGCGAGGGCUUACUGGUUUAGUGCUAACGUGGAGGCGAAGAUCGAUCAGGGGGGCAAUCAUGUUGCGGAGCUCAGAAAUAAAGCCCGAGAAGCGCGGAAGACCAUUGAUUCGCGUGAGUGGCCGGAUGAAGAUACUGACGAGGGUUUUAUGAGAUUAGUAGGAUGGAUGUUAUGGUGA